AUCACAGAAAAUUUUUGUUAGUAACUAGUAGUUUUACAUUACUAGCAGAAGAUUGUCGAGCCUAAUUAAAUUUUAGUUCAGUAUCGUUAAUUUUUUUUAAAAUGAACACGGUCUUAGUGUAUAUUUUGGGAUCUAAAUUAUUAAAAUCAUUCAAAUGUUAAUUGUAAUUCUGUAAAUAUUGAAUUGUGCUUCCUUGUGUCAAAUUUCCUGGAAUAACCUAUUUUGCGUAUUUUACACAUAUUCUUCAACCUAAUUUGCCAUCUGGAACUGAAUAUAUUCUAAGUGUUGUAAAUUAUUAGUUUACAAUACCUAAUUUCGUGCAGUUAACACUCAUAAGUUUUCUGUUACAGUUUAUUCAAUCAAUAAUACAAAUUAGAAAUUCUAUUAAAUAGAUAAUUAACUUUAUAAGUUUUUUCAUCAGACAUGAAAAUGGUGUUGUCUCAAAGACAGAGAGAAGAAUUAAAUAAAGCAAUAGCUGAUUACUUAAGUAGUAACAAUUAUAACAAUGCUUUGGAAGGUUUAAAACAGGAUACAGAUAUGCCAGGAGAAGUCGAAAAUAAAUAUGGUGGCUUAUUAGAAAAAAAAUGGACGUCUGUAAUUAGAUUGCAAAAAAAAGUCAGUGAAUUAGAAUCAAAACUUUCUGAAUAUGAAAAAGAAAUAAGUUCUGGUGCACCUAAAAGGGCUUUGCGUUCACCAAGUGAUUGGAUACCAAGAGCGCCAGAAACUCAUUGUUUGACUGGGCAUAGAGAAACUGUGAUAAAAGUUAUAUUUCACCCAGUUUUUAAUAUUCUUGUUUCUGCAAGUGAAGAUGCUACAAUAAAAAGUUGGGAUUAUGAGACUGGUGAAUAUGAAAGAACAUUAAAAGGCCAUACAGAAGCCAUUCAAGAUAUUGCAUUUGAUGAAAAUGGCAAAUUAUUAGUGUCGUGUAGUGCUGAUAUGAGCAUAAAGUUAUGGGAUUUUAGCCAAACAUAUGAAUGCAUUAGAACUAUGCAAGGUCAUGAACACAGUGUAUCUGGAGUGUGUUUUCUUAAAGGUGGAGAUUUCAUAGUGUCUUCGUCUAGAGAUAAAACUAUUAAAAUGUGGGAAGUUAAUACAGGUUAUUGUGUUAAGACAUUUACUGGCCACCGUGAGUGGGUUAGAAAAGUAAAAGUUUCUCCUUGUGGACAGUUACUAGCAUCGUGUUCUAAUGAUCAUACUGUUAAAGUUUGGAUAAUUGCAGCUACUCAAUGCAAAGCAGAUUUAAGGGGUCAUGAACAUGUUGUCGAAUGCAUAGCGUGGGCACCUGCUGCUGCAUCAUCAGCUAUUAAUGAAGGUGCUGGAGUAGAUAAAAAAAAAAAUGGAUAUGAAGGCCCUUUUAUUAUUUCUGGUUCAAGAGAUAAAUCAAUAAAAAUGUGGGAUGUAGCUUCACGUUCGUGUUUAUUUACCUUAGUUGGUCAUGAUAAUUGGGUACGUAGUUUAGUUUUCCACCCUGGAGGCAAAUAUGUAAUAUCUGCAAGUGAUGAUAAAACACUUAGAAUUUGGGAUUUAGCAAAUAAACGAAAUAUGAAAACUUUAUUAGCACACAGUCAUUUUUGUACUACUGUAGAUUUUCAUCGAUCACAGCCUUGUGUUAUCACUGGUAGCGUGGAUAAGACUAUUAAAGUUUGGGAUUGUCGCUGAUCAGGAAACUCAGUAAUGUAAAAAAUGCCUUGCUAUUCUAAAUCUAAACAAUAUCUCCACUUCAAUAAUUCAGUUUAAGUUUACAUUUCUAGUCUAUUAUAGAAGUAAAGGUGAUAUUGAUGCCCAACUUUUAUUGUUUAUGUAAAAGUAACACUGCUUUAUUUUUUAUUAUUACUAUUAUUAUAAUUAUAUAUUUUUUGAUUAUUUA